UCUGUCUACCAGGGUCUCUGGCCGUGCUGACUGGCGGGGCUGGUGUGGGCCUGGGAACCUCCCGGUGACUUCUCCCACCUUGGUCCCCUCAACCACUCUACCCCAAAAUGGGCCGUGGGGCUGGCCGUGAGUACUCGCCUGCUGCCACCACCGCGGAAAAUGGGGGUGGCAAAAAGAAACAGAAGGAGAAGGAGCUGGAUGAGCUGAAGAAGGAGGUGGCCAUGGAUGACCACAAGCUGUCCCUGGAUGAGCUGGGCCGCAAGUACCAAGUGGACCUGUCCAAGGGCCUCACCAACCAGCGGGCUCAGGACAUCUUGGCUCGGGAUGGACCCAAUGCCCUCACCCCACCACCCACAACCCCCGAAUGGGUCAAGUUCUGUCGCCAGCUUUUUGGAGGCUUCUCUAUCCUGCUGUGGAUUGGGGCAAUCCUUUGCUUCCUGGCCUAUGGCAUCCAGGCUGCCAUGGAGGAUGAACCAUCCAAUGACAAUCUCUAUCUGGGUGUAGUCUUGGCAGCUGUGGUCAUCGUCACUGGCUGCUUCUCCUACUAUCAGGAGGCCAAGAGCUCCAAGAUCAUGGAUUCUUUCAAGAACAUGGUGCCUCAGCAAGCCCUCGUGGUGCGGGAGGGAGAGAAGAUGCAGAUCAACGCAGAGGAAGUGGUGGUGGGAGACCUUGUGGAAGUGAAGGGUGGCGACCGAGUCCCUGCUGACCUUCGAAUCAUCUCUUCUCACGGAUGCAAGGUGGAUAACUCAUCACUCACAGGCGAGUCAGAACCCCAGACCCGCUCCCCUGAGUUUACCCAUGAGAACCCCCUGGAGACGCGGAAUAUCUGUUUCUUCUCCACCAACUGUGUUGAAGGCACGGCCAGGGGCAUUGUGAUCGCCACAGGUGACCGGACGGUGAUGGGUCGCAUAGCCACUCUGGCCUCAGGCCUGGAGGUUGGGCGGACGCCAAUCGCCAUGGAGAUCGAACACUUCAUUCAGCUCAUCACAGGCGUGGCCGUGUUCCUGGGAGUCUCCUUCUUUGUGCUCUCCCUCAUCCUGGGCUACAGCUGGCUGGAAGCCGUCAUCUUCCUCAUCGGCAUCAUUGUGGCCAACGUGCCUGAGGGCCUGCUGGCCACCGUCACUGUGUGUCUGACCCUGACAGCCAAGCGCAUGGCAAGGAAGAACUGCCUGGUGAAGAACCUGGAGGCCGUGGAGACACUGGGCUCCACCUCCACCAUCUGCUCUGACAAGACGGGCACCCUCACCCAGAACCGCAUGACCGUUGCCCACAUGUGGUUUGACAACCAGAUCCAUGAAGCUGACACCACAGAGGACCAGUCUGGGGCCACUUUUGACAAGCGAUCGCCCACAUGGACAGCCCUGUCUCGGAUCGCUGGUCUCUGCAAUCGUGCCGUCUUCAAGGCUGGUCAGGAGAACAUCUCUGUAUCAAAGAGAGACACUGCUGGCGACGCCUCUGAGUCAGCUCUACUCAAGUGCAUCGAGCUGUCCUGUGGCUCAGUGAGGAAGAUGAGGGAGAGGAACCCCAAGGUGGCGGAGAUUCCUUUCAACUCUACCAACAAGUACCAGCUGUCCAUCCAUGAACGAGAAGACAGUCCCCAGAGCCACGUCCUGGUGAUGAAAGGGGCCCCAGAGCGCAUCCUGGACCGGUGCUCCUCGAUCCUGGUGCAGGGCAAGGAGAUCCCACUGGAUAAGGAGAUGCAAGACGCCUUUCAAAAUGCCUACAUGGAACUGGGAGGACUUGGGGAGCGUGUGCUGGGGUUCUGUCAUCUGAAUCUGCCCUCUGGAAAGUUUCCUCGAGGCUUCAAAUUCGACACAGAUGAGCUGAACUUCCCCACGGAGAAGCUCUGCUUUGUGGGCCUCAUGUCUAUGAUUGACCCUCCCCGGGCCGCAGUGCCAGAUGCAGUGGGCAAGUGCCGGAGUGCAGGGAUCAAGGUGAUCAUGGUGACUGGGGAUCAUCCUAUCACAGCCAAAGCCAUUGCCAAAGGUGUGGGCAUUAUAUCCGAGGGCAACGAGACUGUGGAGGACAUUGCGGCCAGACUCAACAUCCCUGUGAGUCAAGUCAACCCCAGAGAAGCCAAGGCGUGCGUGGUGCACGGCUCUGAUCUGAAGGACAUGACAUCCGAGCAGCUCGAUGAGAUCCUCAAGAACCACACAGAGAUCGUGUUUGCCAGGACCUCCCCUCAGCAGAAGCUCAUCAUCGUGGAGGGAUGUCAGAGGCAGGGCGCCAUCGUGGCAGUGACCGGUGACGGGGUGAACGACUCCCCCGCGCUGAAGAAGGCCGACAUUGGCAUCGCCAUGGGCAUCUCUGGCUCCGACGUGUCUAAGCAGGCAGCAGACAUGAUCCUGUUGGAUGACAACUUUGCCUCCAUCGUCACGGGCGUGGAGGAGGGCCGCCUGAUCUUUGACAACCUGAAGAAAUCCAUCGCCUACACCCUGACCAGCAACAUCCCUGAGAUCACGCCCUUCCUGCUCUUCAUCAUCGCCAACAUCCCGCUCCCUCUGGGCACCGUGACCAUCCUCUGCAUCGACCUGGGCACAGACAUGGUCCCUGCCAUCUCCCUGGCCUAUGAGGCAGCUGAAAGUGACAUCAUGAAGCGACAGCCCAGAAACCCACAGACAGACAAGCUGGUGAAUGAGAGGCUCAUCAGCAUGGCCUACGGACAGAUCGGGAUGAUCCAGGCUCUGGGUGGCUUCUUCACCUACUUCGUGAUCCUGGCUGAGAAUGGUUUCCUGCCGUCACGGCUGCUGGGAAUCCGGCUGGAUUGGGAUGACCGGUCCAGGAAUGACCUGGAGGACAGUUAUGGACAGGAGUGGACCUACGAGCAGCGGAAGGUGGUGGAGUUCACGUGCCACACGGCCUUCUUUGCCAGCAUCGUGGUUGUGCAGUGGGCUGACCUCAUCAUCUGCAAGACCCGCCGCAACUCAGUCUUCCAGCAGGGCAUGAAGAACAAGAUCCUGAUCUUUGGGCUCCUGGAGGAGACAGCGCUGGCUGCCUUCCUGUCUUACUGCCCUGGCAUGGGAGUGGCCCUCCGCAUGUACCCGCUCAAGGUCACUUGGUGGUUCUGCGCCUUCCCCUACAGUCUCCUCAUCUUCAUCUAUGAUGAGGUCCGGAAGCUCAUCCUGCGACGAUAUCCUGGUGGUUGGGUGGAGAAGGAGACAUACUACUGA